AAAACAAGGCGGCCUGGCCUCGGAGGAGCCCCCAGCAUCAUGGAGCCGCGCAUUGCAGACACCCACCGGCGGAGGACCACCACGGCAACUUUCCGGAUCUAUUUCAUCCACCUGCUGUGAAGCGUCCCUCUUGUAAGCAAUCUGACAGAACCGACAGCGCAAAAAUGUUUUACGGUUCUUCCUCCGGGGCAAGCAUGUCCUUGCCCUCCAAGAGCCGACUAAAGCGCCAAAGCAAGACAUUUACGCAGGUCCUGUACCGCACUCUGAGCUACCGCGACCGCGUCCCGGCCGAAGCGGGAACCAACACCCGCGGCGACCGACGCUCGGCGACCGAGCCCCCGGAGCGACCGGAGGACGACCCAGCCGAGCUGUCCACCCAAAGCUCGGCGCCGGGCGUCUUGAAGAUCUUUGGCGACGAGAUCUGCGCCGGCGCCAACUACAAGAGCGUCUUGGCCACGCCCCGCUCCAGCGCUCAGGAGCUGGUCAAGGAGGCGCUGGAGCGCUACUCGCUCAAUAAGGACGGCGCCCACUCCUACGUCCUGUGCGACGUGAUCGGACGCCUGGAGGGGGUCGACGGCGCGUGGCGGACCGAGUGCCUGCGGGCGUUGGGCGACAACGAGAAGCCGCUGCUGCUGCAGGAGCUGUGGAAGCCUCGAGAAGGACACGCCCGACGCUUUGAGCUGCGCAGGAGAGCUGAGGUGGAUGAACUCAACGCCAAGGAGAAGGACACCAUCACGGCUGGGCCCAAAGCCCCCCACUUCCUGGUGGCUCUAAUGGGUCGCGUGCACAGGAGCUCCCCGCUGCGGUCGGCUCACUCGGGCUCUAAAGACAUCAACGCUCAGGCCCGCAAGCUGCAGAGGAACCGGGCCAAGGGGGCUCUCACCUUGCCUCGCUCCAGCAACUCGUCGCUUUGUCGCAGCCUCAGCGAGACCAGCCUCAACCAGUUGGCGGUGGGCGACGAGCCCAAGCGCUACUACUCCACCCUCCCGGGGCCCUACCGGGGCCGAGAGGCGGCGUCCGGCGGGUGGCGCAAGGAGGAUGGCGGGCAGGGUGGCGUCCGCCAUUCCCUCUACCAAUCGCCGCACCUCCUCUUGCUUCAGGGCUACAACAAACAGGACUGCCUGGUGUACCUGUUGAACCGCGAGCAGCACACGGUGGGCCAGGAGACGCCUUCGGCCCGCCCCAACAUCUGCCUGUUCUCCCCCGACGUCCUGCCGCUUCACUGUCGCCUGCGCCGCCUGCCCGCCCCGCCGCGGCGCGGCCAAGCGGACGAGCCGGACGCGGCGCAGCAGCGCGCGUCCUGCGUGGCGGUGGAGCCCGUCCUGGAUGCCACCGUGCUGGUCAACUUCUCCCGCUGCGAGCGCUCCACCACGCUGCGCCACGGCGACCUGCUCUCCUUCGGCGCGCACUACAUCUUCCUGUACAAGGACCCCACGGGCGCCAAGCCUCUCCCCGCCCAGACCCUGAGCCGCCUCCGCAGCCUGGGCCAGAUCUACGACGCCGGCCCGGAGGACGGCGCCACGUGCAACGUGUGCGGAUCGGCGCUGAAAGACAGGCCGGCCACCGUGACGGGCGUGACGGGCGUAACGGCGCGACGCGGCUUCAGGCCGCACCCCGUCAAACCUCGCGGCGGCGGCGGACAGAAGAGGAAGCUGCAGUUGGAGUUUGAGCCGGCUCACGAAGACCAGCUCCUCAACCGCAUCAUGUCGCUCAUUGAGCCCGGAGGCGACGACCAUAAGCUGACGCCGGCGUACCUUUUGUGUCUGUGCAUCCAACACUCGGCCUCCGCCUUCCCGCCCGGGAGCUUUGGCAAACUGCUCCUCAAGAUUGUCCGGCGGAUACAGACCGUGGCCUGGGAGAAGACCAAGGAGUUAGCUCAGAAGCAAGCUCAACAGCAGGACCCGGCGUCGCUAUCACUGCUCAACAUCUCAGACCUGAUCCCAGACCUGCAGACCAUCUUCUUCUGGAUGUCCAACUCCAUCGAGAUCCUUUACUUCAUUCAGCAGAGAGCGCCGGCGUACACGCACAACAUGGAGACGCUGCAAGGCUCCAAGGAGUCACUGCUGUCGGCCACUAUCUCGGCCAACGAGGAGGCCAUGAGCAUCUUGGAGGAGGUCAUCAUGUACACUUUCCAGCAGUGCGUCUACUACAUCACCAAGGCUCUGUACGUGGUGCUGCCGCCUCUUCUGGACUGCAACCCGUUCCCGGCGGACAGCUCCGAGCCGUGCUGGAAAGGAGGCGUGGGAUUCCCGGAGCCGGUCCGCAAGGUCCUCCAGGUGUUCCAGAGUGCCCAGGAGCUGCUGCAGGCUUACCAGGUCCACCCGGAGAUACAGGCGCAGAUGUUCGCCUACCUCUUCUUCUUCUCCAAUGUGUCGCUCUUCAACCAGCUGAUGGACAAAGGUCCAUCGCGUGGCUGGUUCCAGCGCUCCAAAGUGUUGCAGGUGCAAGCGUGUCUGCGGAUGCUGUCGGAAUGGGCCCGCAAGUCGUCCCUGGGACAUCUGGCGGACAAAUUCUUCACCAAACUCAACAGCGCCGUGGCCGUCCUGGCCACGCCGCCGCAGCAACUCACGCAGAUGAGCUGGCGAAUGUUGUCGAGCGAGCACCCGGCCCUGAAGCCGGUGCAGCUACACAGGAUCCUGAGCCAGUACCAGAUCACCGCAGAGACCGGACCCGUGCCUGCGUGGCAGCCCGCCAGCGAGGACGAGGCCUACGUCUACCGCACAGUGGACCUCCUGGAGAGCUUUGAGAACCACCCUCCCAUCGUGCUGCCCAGCAGCGGCUUUGGCGUGGACGUAGACGGCGAGCGCGUGGAGGACAGCGUCUACCGACAGCUGCUCUACGUACGCCACUUCCUGUGGGGCCUGCGCGCCAAGACGCACGCUAACGCCACGCACACUAACGGCAACAACAACAAUGCGGCUGAUGUUCAGAGGGAGCUGCUGCCCCUGCCCUUGACGCAGGGCAGCCCCCGUUCGGCCCCCGGCGACGGCGAGGAAGAAAACGGCCGAGGCCAAGCGCACAGUCUCCGGAGAAACGGGGCCGGCGUCCACCACCACCAUCCCCAACAGCACCCGGCCACUGCAACGGGGUACACCGAGGGAGGGGGCGGGGCCCCGCAGAUGAACGGAUGCGGAAAGAGGCCUAACGGGAUCAUAUCUAACGGCAUGGAAGGCUGUGUUACUCGUAGCUGUGAGUUCCCCUUCCCCGUGUGGUCCUCGUCCCCAGGCGCCCCUCCCCUCCCUGAUGACAUGUGUGUGGUGCUUGUAGUGGAACUGGACAAAGGACCCUAUGGACUCGGCAUGGGACUCAUUGACGGCCUGCACACGCCUCUCAACGCCCCAGGCAUCUACAUCCGCACGCUGAUCCCCGAUGGGCCGGCGGCGUCCGACGGCCGGCUGAGGAUCGGGGAUCGGAUCCUGGCCGUCAACGGGACCAGCCUGAUCGGCGCUGACUACCAGAGUGCAGUGGAUCUGAUCCGCCUGGGAGGAGGUCGCCUCCGCUUCCUGGUGGCCAAGUCAGACCCGGAAGUGUCGGAGAAGAUCAGCGCCUCGUCCUGUUGACGGACGGACGGACGGAGGGAGGAACCGAUGGACCGGGCUAGCAGCGUGUCAUUUCUGCACGACAGGAUGGCGUGCUUGUAAAUAAAGGCUGCAAACAUUCAGCAUUCAUGGCUUGCCGUUUGGCCGAGCGAGCCACAUUUGGCGCUCCUUCGCUGGUACUCCGGAUGAUGCCGAUGAUGUCAUCACUAUGGGACGCUUUGUUGGGCCCCAACAACAUUUUGUGCAUCCAGAUGAAAACUCACUCAGUGGUGCCCCCUGGGACUGAUUUUGGUGGACAGUCUCAAGGACCCCUGCUCAAAAUUGAACAGGAAGCCCGUCUAUUUUGGGUUUGGGGUUAUGGGGAAGGGUUUGGGGUCAAGGUAAGCAGUUGGGUUUGGGGUUAAGGUUAGCUUUUAGGCUCCUGCAUGGUGUCAAAGUUUUUGGGUCAUUUUGAGGAUUGGCCAUUGACUAGCGCAGUCGGUUGGCCAUUGCUUUUUGCAGUUUUAUUUCUAAUGAUGAUUGUAGUCCAAACUGACCUUUUUUUACAAGAUAAAACAUUUCUCCUUCUUUGUUGUGCUGCUGCUUUUUCCACUCUCGACCAUGUAUGGACAUGCAAAUCAAGCGGGUGGAAAAAGAGUGCAAUAAAAAGUCAACACUGAUUGAUUGGCAGUAUUUGGCAUCGUUGAGGUUUUUUGAAAUAUCUUCAUAAUAAAGUUAUCUUUUCAUAUUCCAAAAAGUGGUUCAAGUCAAUGUGGCUUUAAUUUUGUGGUACGACAUUCUUGGUAAUCACAACUGUGGGACAUUUAUAAAAACAAUCAUCUCUAGAAUGUAUCAAUAAUGCUUUUUU